CUUCUAUACGUAAAUCACUGCUUUUUUUAAUGGAGUUAUUCAACUCAGCUCUUGGGAAAAACAUCACUUUUGUGCAUCCUGCAUAUUUCAUAAUACGUGGUUUAUCUGGCUUGCCAAAUAUUAACCAUUACUAUGUCUUUCUGUUUUUUGUUUUUAUUGUUUCAGUGCUGGGAAACACAGUUGUAAUGGCUGUAAUAUACUUGGAUCAUAAUCUGAGAACUCCAAAAUAUGUUGCUGUUUUUAAUUUGGCAUUUGUGGACCUGUGUGGUAGUUCUGCUCUGGUGCCAAAGCUUCUUGACAUCUUUCUGUUGGAUCACCCAUACAUCUCCUACAGCGACUGCUUGGCAUUCUUUUUUUUCUGCUACACCUUCCUUUCUAUGCAGUCAUAUAAUCUUGUUGCACUCGCCUAUGACAGACUGAUAGCUAUCAUCUUCCCACUGCACUAUAGAGUGAAAGUGACCCACAGGUUUAUGCUGUCGUUGAUUGCCUCAUUCUGGGUCUUUAUUAUAAUUGCUGUAUUCAUUGCAGUUGGCCUUCUUACAAGACUUUCCUUUUGUGAUUCUGUUGUUAUUAACAGCUAUUUCUGUGACCAUGCUCGGAUAUACAGGCUUGCAUGCAACGACAAUUUCCCAAAUUAUGUUGUUGGCACUUUGUAUACUGUUCUAAUUUUUUGGCUUCCAUUAUUUUUUGUCCUUUUAACUUACCUAUGUAUUGGCUGUACUUUGGCUAAAGUGGCCACACUAAGAGAAGGAAUCAAAGCCUUUAAAACGUGCGUAGGUCAUCUCUCAUUGGUAGCAAUAUAUUUCAUCCCACUGUUAAUAGCAUCUACCCUGAUGGAAAAAUUACAUCCAAAUGCCAGGAUCAUAAACUUGUCUCUGACUUCCGUCUUUCCUCCCAUGCUGAACCCAAUCAUUUAUGUUCUGCAGACACAAGAAAUCAAAGAAUCUGUGAAAAGGUUAUUAAAAAUCAGAGGGAAAUCCAAAGUAACCAUACAAUGAUUAAGGAUGAUGUGACCAUUUGUCUAUGCUUUACACCAUGUAUUUUGGUGUUUUAUUUUCCUGUAAAUUAUCCUUUCUAACAUUACACAAAUGUUUGUUACAUUGCAUUAUGUAUGAAUCUACAAGUCCAUAAAUCAAAUAGAUCUUCUGUAACAAAGUAAUAAAAUCAAACAAUGUAAACUAUAAUGUAAACUAUAAUUUUCCUCCCCCAAUAAGUAGAAGCCCAACAUGCCAAAUGAAUGGUAUUUUUUAACAGCAUAAUGAGCAUACCAAUUAUGUUUUUUUUUUGUACUGCUUUUGUGUUGAGUUGGAUCUAACAUGAAAGUUAUUUAAACGUAGAACUUAUUUUAUGAAAUAAUUUUUGUGGUAUGUGCAUAAUUUGAAUCUUAAAAUUCAACUGAAAAUGUAGCUAAUACUGUUGCCUACAACAGCCAACCCAGGUUACAUUUUGUGAAACAAUGUAAUAAUAACAAGGUUUUUUGU